AUGAGCGAGACAAGUGAGCUUUCCCUCGAGGAAGUCAACACAUGGAAGGUGGACGCUCUCAAGUUAUUUUGCCGUAAACGAAAUCUUAAAACUUCUGGAGCUAAAGCUGAACUUGUAGCCCGUGUGUUUGCAGCAUCAGAGAUGGGAAUCCAAGUACAAGCAUCGGCUAAAGAACUAAUGUGCAUCACGGAGUCUGAGAGAGCGAAGCUAUUGUUUACUCCUGAGGGCAGCAAGCUUCCCGAUCCUCUUGGGCUAAAGGACGGAUGGAUUGAUGAAAAAGAUGGGCUAACAUCAUGGCCUCCUAUAUUUCUAAGUGACAUUACGAAAUAUCUGAUGGCUGAUCAUCCUGGAAAGGAUAUUAAACUGCACGAACGGGUCAUGAAUGAGUACAAAGAGGGAAAGCAUACCGCUUAUUUGACUCGGGCUUUCUGA